AUGGAUGCUUCAAGACCGAGGCCGGAUCUGAGGGAACGUGCUAGUUCCGCAGCAUCCAAAGCAACGACAUCGCAUGAAAGUUUCCAUGAGAAGCCAGACGAUUCGGAGAGGACAUCUUCCCUCGCUGGAAGCCCCGAACUGUUGCCUCAAAACGAUGCUUCCUCUAGCAACUUCAAGCCGGAGGCUGACCUUGACAAAUUACCCGGAGUAGGUCAGUCCCGCACAGAGACCGAGUCGAUCAAGUUCGGUGGCGAAGAAGAAGACCCUGCUGUGGGUGUAUCCUUUCGAAGGCCUGUAAGCCCGGCCACAGUACACAAGGUCAAGGGCGUCUCAUAUCAGAAAGUCGGUGAGAAUGGCAUCAGUAGGAUGCAUAAGUUCUCAUUGUAUGAGACGAGCACUCGUUUCUAUCUCAUCGGGGCGGAUAUCAUGGAGAAGCAGUAUCGUGUGCUCAAAAUUGAUCGAACAGCACCGCCGGGUCACCUGAACAUCUUUGAGGACGACAUAGUAUACAACAGACGAGAGAUGCACGGGCUUCUGGGCACCAUUUCGGACGGCAAUAAAGGCACCGGCGGGAUGAAACUCAAGUGUAGUACAUGGGGUCUGCUAGGGUUCAUCCGCUUUACCGAUGCUUACUAUAUGCUUCUGAUCUCCAAAAGAGCCCAGGUAGCCAUGCUGGGGGGGCAUUAUAUUUAUCAGGUCGAUGGAACAGAGAUGAUACCUCUCACAACUGGAGCUUCAUCUCGAUUUCAAAAAGACCGGAAUCCAGACGAGGCCAGAUUUCUUGCAAGCCUCGCAAACCUGGAUCUGACACGAUCGUUCUAUUUCAGCUACUCAUACAACGUCACAAGAAGCCUUCAACAGAACAUCAUUCACGAGCGGACAGCCCUGAACGAAGGUAUCGAGAGCCCCGAACGCAACUAUCAGGAUAUGUUUGUGUGGAAUCACUACCUGUUAGACCCCGCCCGUGCCGUUCUGAAAAACGUAUACGAUUGGUGUCACCCGGUCAUACACGGAUAUGUAGAUCAGUCUUCCCUUGACGUCUUUGGGCGCCGGAUCUACAUCACCAUCAUCGCUCGACGAUCGAGACACUUUGCUGGAGCACGAUUUUUGAAAAGAGGUACAAAUGAUCUGGGUUAUGUUGCCAACGAUGUGGAAUCCGAACAAAUUGUGUCCGAGGCACUCACUACGUCCUUCCAUGCACCUGGACCACGGCUCUAUACAAACCCAACGUACACGUCAUACGUUCAGCAUCGUGGCAGUAUACCACUGUACUGGACACAAGACAACACAGGUGUUACACCCAAACCGGACAUCGAUCUGAGCCUUGUAGAUCCGUUCUACAGCGCUGCGGCUCUUCACUUUGAUGACUUGUUCGAACGUUACGGUGCUCCUGUCAUCGCCUUGAAUUUAAUCAAAGCGCGAGAGCGAACACCGAGAGAGUCCAAGUUACUGUACGAGUACAAGUACUGCAUUGACUAUCUCAAUCAGUCAUUACCAAAAGACAAGAAGAUUCGAUACGAGGCUUUCGAUAUGUCGCGCGCCGCCAAGACAAGAGGACAAGACGUGAUAGGUACACUGGAGAGUCUGGCUGAGAAAGUCCUGCUCGAGACAGGCUUCUUCAAGAACGGAGAUGAUACCGACGGUACAUCACGGGUACAGAACGGUGUGGCGAGAACCAAUUGCAUCGAUUGUCUUGACCGCACGAAUGCCGCCCAGUUUGUGAUUGGAAAGAGAGCUCUCGGUCGCCAACUACAGGCUCUCGGUAUCAUCGCGGGGAACACAGUCGAGUAUGACUCGGAUUGUGUAGAGAUGUUCACUCAUAUGUUCCACGGACAUGGAGACACCAUUGCAAUACAAUACGGUGGGUCACAUCUCGUCAACACAAUGGCCACUUACCGGAAGAUCAACCAAUGGCAGAGUAGUUCUCGCGAUAUGGUGGAGAGCUUCAAAAGGUACUAUCACAACUCUUUCCUCGACUCGCAGCGUCAGGAAGCCUACAAUCUCUUUCUCGGCAACUACACAUUCCAUCAAGGCCAGCCGAUGCUAUGGGAUCUGACAACUGACUACUACCUGCAUCAUGCUGAUCCACGCGCCUAUCUGGAGAAAACACGAAGAGACUACAACAAUUGGUUCACUGCUUCAAACCUGGAGCCGAGGAUGUUGCCACCCCCAAGUCAUUCUGCAGUGCUGAAAACCAAAUCGCUCCAGGCAAAUAUCGGAUUCCGCGAUGACUACUGGCUUGAAUACUACCGGCCCUUGGCUAUAUCAUCGUUCCUAAAGAUUUUUGCCUUCCGGCUGGCAUCGCCAAAUCGCGCUGCACGCGAUAGCAGAGACGGGCUUUCACCAUCACGCGUUGAAGACUUGUCACCUUUCGUUCCUCGAAAAAAACAGCACGAGCAGGUUUCUCAUCGUAACAAUGUAAAGAAAGGGCCUCGGAAGGGGGUCACCAUACUCGAUCCAGUGAGCGAGGUCGACUCGCGGCAAGGUAGCGUUAUGGCUCGACGACGCCACCAUGUACAACUCAGUGUACCCGACACAAAUUCGUCUUUCACACACUCGAUACUUCGGGACUCACAUUUCGAGACAGACAUGCCGUCUUCGGCGCCUGCCACAAUGAGCUCGUUUCCAUCUCUAGCAAACUCAAUGUCAACUUCGACAGGCUUAGCUUCAACUGUGCGACCCGGCUUCAAGCCUGCCGACAAGACGCUCAUCAACCAGUGGACACUAGAGCAGUUCUACGAUAACAGCAUCAAUCCUACUGUUUCUGGUUCUGAAGCAGAUGAGUACACACGGUACAUUGAACAUCCAUUGAACCUACCCUUGGUGGUGAGUAGUGAAAUGCCGAGCGCGGACGACCCAGGUGCUAUGGAGUACUACGAAUACCUAUGCAUGACCGAAGGUGGACCGCAAGCACCAACCGAUAUCGAUGAGUCCAGUAUCGCUGCUUCUGGGCUUGCUCGCAUCGAUACCGACGUCGCUUCUCUCCGCUCUUUCCAAUCCUACUCGCGGCCUAUGACCUCGGCCUCCGUCAGCACCCCGUUCUCACACGCCCCAACGUAUUCUUGGCCACAGUCGCUGAACCCUCAUCCGCACCUCUACCCGUCUUUCACCGAUGAAAUCUUGCCGCAAACAUACUCGACAUCUGGCAAAUUUCAGACAGCCGAGGAAGACAUCGAGGAAUUUGAAGAGUACCUGGAUGUCAAAGAUAACCCACUGGAUGUUGAAGAAGAGGAUGGUACCAAGAAGCGGUAUAAGGCCUACAGGCAAUGGCUGAAGGGUAAGAGCUUCUUCAAGCAGAGCAAGGUUGAUCCGGAGUGGCAGAAUCAGUUGCCAGUUAGAUGA